AUCUUUUCUUGUGAUAUGGUUUCUUCCGAUCACGUCAAACUCCCUGAUCUCGCGAGAAUACCAGAUAUGUUACAAUUCAAUGAGAGUGAUUGAACUGAGGGGAUUUUAGCAGCUGUUAUAUAAAGCAUGCCCAGUCAAGCGAAGCCUCGGUUUGUGAUUCUCUACGGGUCUCAAAAGGGCCAGGCUGAGUCUCUAGCAGAAGGAGUAGCCGAGGCGGCAGAGGAGCAAGGACUGGUUGCUGAGCUCAGUUGCUUGAAUCAGAAUGAGAAGUACAAUUUGGAGAAGGAGCAUGCCCCAGUGAUCUUUAUUGUGUCUACUACUGGAGACGGGGAACCGCCAGACAAUGCCCUGCAAUUUGUAAAGCGCAUCAAGAACAAGGCCCUCUCUGCUGACCACUAUAAACACCUUUGCUAUGCACUUUUAGCUUUAGGAGACACAAAUUAUGCAAAUUUCUGCAACUGCGGGAAGACAAUUGAGCGUCGUCUACAGGAACUUGGAGCCAAACAGUUUUACCCGACAGGAUAUGCAGAUGAUGGUGUAGGGCUGGACGUGGUUGUGGACCCUUGGAUUGAAGGACUGUGGAAAGCAAUCAAAGAAGCCUUAUCUGAAAUGGCUUCUGAUAGGACUGGUUGCUUCAAAGGAGAAGCAGGGGAUUCAUCAAAGAAAACUCCUGAUUCAUCCAUACCAGAUGUCCAUCUAAACCUCUUGAGCAUAACUGACCACCAGAACUGCGAGUCGACCAGAGUGUCUGUAGAAACAGUUUCCAAAUCUCCAACUGCUGCUUCAUCUUCAGCUUCUGCUACACAGACUGCCGUUUCUGAUCUCAGCCCAGCUUUUCCUGCAGGGAGCCCUGGGUUGGCAUCCCAGUCUCAUGAUACUGCCAGUGUGUCUACAUCAGCACAGGAGACACAGAACGGGGACGCUGGAGUUCCCCAUGUUGCAUUGGCAGCCUCACUGACGCGCUCACUGCCGCCACUUUCUGAGUCCUCUCUUAAUGUUCCUGCUUUGCCUCCUUCCUACCUCGAUGUCUGUCUUCAGGAGGCGGAUGCUGUGGAACAGGUUGUUGGACCGUUAAACAAAGAUACUCUCCAUGAGGUUCCCGUAUCUAAGGCUGUUCAGCUGACCAGAGGAGAUUCAGUGAAGACGGCUCUUCUCUUAGAGCUCGACAUCUCUGCUCAUCAAAUGAUGACCUAUCAGCCCGGCGAUUCGUUUGAUGUAUUCUGCCCAAAUCAGGCAGCUGAGGUGGAGGACUUGCUCCACAGAUUGGGCCUUCAUGACCAGAGGAACCAUCAAGUACACAUUUCUCUGCUUAAAGACACUAAGAAAAAAGGUGCCAAGGUGCCACCCUACAUUUCCCCAGACAUUUCUCUGCUGUCCCUGCUCACAUGGUGUGUAGAGAUCAGAAGCGUCCCUAAGAAGGCAUUCCUGCGAGCGCUGGUGGAGCAUACAGGGGACAGUGUGCAGAGGAGGAGACUGCAGGAGCUCUGCAGCAAACAAGGCGCCGCAGACUACAACCUCUAUGUGAGAGACCCGAGCCUCAGCGUCUUGGAGCUUCUCGCAGCCUUCCCAUCCUGCUCACCUCCUCUCAGCCUCCUCAUAGAGCAUUUGCCGAAACUGCAGCCCAGGCCUUAUUCAGCAGCCAGCUCCUGUCUCAGGUACCCAGGAAAGGUGCAUUUUGUCUUCAACGUGGUAGAGUUCCCAGCAUGCCCCGGGCGCCCUGCGGGAAGGCGAGGUUUGUGUACCGGUUGGCUGUUUGACCUCAUCAAUCCUGUCCUGGUUUUCCCUGAGAAGGCUGAAUCCUCCGGCUGCCCGGCUGUGCCAAAGAUCCAUGUGAGUCUGAGACCCAACUGCUUCUUUCGGCCUCCCCCUGACCUGUCGGCGCCCUUCAUAAUGGUCGGACCAGGGACAGGAGUCGCCCCCUUCGUCGGCUUUCUCCAGCAAAGGGAGGAGGAGAGGAAGGAGAACCCCGAGGCCACGUUUGGCGAAACCUGGCUGUUCUUUGGUUGCCGCCACAGAGAUCGAGACUACCUGUUCAGAGAGGAGCUGGAGGGCUUUGUGUCCAGCGGUACACUGAGCCAACUCAAGGUGUGUUUCUCCAGAGAUGACCAGGAGGACGAGGCCGCAACCUCCGCCGUGGCACGACCCAGAUACGUACAACACAACCUGCUUCUAAACAGCCAACACAUCACUGAUAUCCUGCUGAAACAGAACGGUUACAUCUACGUCUGCGGAGAUGCCAAGAACAUGGCUAAAGACGUGAACGACACCCUGAUGGAGAUGAUCAAAACAGAGCUUCAGGUGGACCAGCUAGAGGCCAUGAAGAGACUGGCAGGGCUGAGAGAAGAGAAACGCUACUUACAGGACAUCUGGGGUUGACAGUGGAUGACCAGAUAAGGGCAUUUGCAGAAUCCGCUGGGCCUUUUUACACCUUCAAAAAAAAAAAGAAAAAAAUCAGCACGCUCAGCUGUAACCUCUAGAACCAUAAAAUUGUUGAUGCUGAAGCCCGGAGGUAGUUUACACCACCCAAUGCUACCAAGAUGGAAUAGGCCAUGCUGACCUGGGGAUAUCGGUUCACUACAUCAUUCUGGGCUUUGCUGUUUGAACAGAAAUGAUCUUGGUCAGGGCAAUAGUGCUGGAGAUUGGUCCUGCAGUGUGAAAAUGCUUUUAGUGUCGACAAGUCUCCUCCGUUCGUCCUGUCUGGGGAAAAGGCAUUUACUUCCGUUGGCGGUGAUGGAGGGAUUUUGAUGAGAACGGGAGUGCUCCAACCUAGAUGGAAACAACACAGCAAUCUGUAGUUCUUUAACAGCACACACACAGUAAAUUGUUUAUUGUCAUUCAGGGGGAUAGAAGUCAUUUUUUCCACAAGUUAUUUUUUAUUUUUAGAGUGUGCCAAACACCACUGAUUACCUCUGGAGUCAUAAUCAGCAGCAAUUUUUUUUUUUUUAAAUAACUGAUGAUGUGAGAAUGAAUCUCAAUUCCAAAACAGGUCGUGGUUUGUUCCAUUGUUAUGUAAAAUCAUAUUUUCAUCCAGAAUACUGUGAUUAUAGUCACCUUGUCAGCCUUUUUAAGGUAAUGAAGACCGAUUUUAAUGUAUGUGAUCCUGAAAAAGUCACUUCUGCCUAAAUGAAGUCCUCAGAGAUGAGGAUGGUUAUCAUAUUUAUCAUUAUACUUCGAAUUUUAAGUGCAGAGGGCGUGAAUUGCAGCUCUGACCAGAGCAAUUUAUCUAACUAACUUUGUUUGUGCCUGUCUGCCCCCACAUACCCAGCAGACUGCCAGUUUGGAGACUCUGAACUCCAACUUUUCUAAGUCCUGCAAACCCGACUGAAAUCUCCCAAACUGUGGUAGAAACAAACACAACUGUGCCUUGUGUGAUCAGGAAUUAAAAAAUAUUUCAGCAUAAAUUA